AAAUGCUGAGAUCGACCAAAUGGGCACACAAAAAUCUGGAAAAGGACACUUCUGUUUUUAUUUUUUUAAUGAAUUAAUAAUAAAUCGAAAUUAAGCUGAAAAUACUAUAAAACCUAAAACUUUAACUUAUUUACAUAUCCAACCAACCUACCCCACCCACUAACCCGACCCGCGUGCCCUUCCCGGAUCCUUCCCCCUAAAUCAAACUAAAUCCCUAAUUCCUCUUCCCCGACAUAACCAACAGAAAAAAAUUCACGAUCUCUCCCCCUUCCCUCUAUCUCAUCUCACUAAUCAAACUCUACCACAAUCAUCACGAUCUCCCUCUAUCUCAUUUGUUUCUCUAUUUCGUGUUACUCUUUGAAACACUAUGGCUCCAAAGACUCGUUUCACCGAACAAACGAACAAAGAAGGUGCGCCGGAGAAGAAGAAGAAGAAUGAGUCAGUGGUGGAGAAGAAGAAAGCUGCGGUGGAGAAGAAGAAAGCUGAGGCGGAAAAGAAGAAGAAAGACUCUGUGAUAAAGAAAAAACAAGCAGCGGUGAAAAGGAGGAGAGAAGCCGUUAAAAAAAAAAGAGAUGCAGAGAAAAAGAAGAUUGAAACCGCAGAGAAGAAGAGGAAGCGAGACAGUGGUGUAGACGAUGAGUCCUCGUCCAAUCCAACCAAGCGGCCUCAGACCGCAUCUUCACCAGAACAUCAAGCCGAUCCUGAUCAUUAUCCGCCACUAUCAACGGAGUUACCUUCGCAGGAUGAUAGAGAGGGUACGCCAAGCCCAUCAGUUCCGAUUGAGCCACAAAAAUCACCUACUCAAACACCCAAUGAGGCGGAGAAUCCACUGCAAGCUCCAAUAACUUCUACCAACAGAGAAUCAGGCUCACCCGAGGCUGCCAUUAACAAUGACGGGCAAACGAUUGGAUCUAACAACAUAGAUUCAAAUUCACAUGAGGCUGCUAUUGGAUCUGCUGCCAUUGACAACGACGCUCCAAGAACGGUAAACAAGUCAACUUAAAUGGUUCUAGAAAUAUUUAUCAUAGGGUCGAAAAAAAAAAUAAGUAGUGAUUAUAUAAGAAGUGUAACUAGUACAACUAAAAGAAUGAAACUAGUUCAACUGGUAAUAAAAUGUUGUAAAACAGAAUCAAUGGAACUAGUAUAACUAGUACAACCACACUUCUUAUAACUAAUAUAACUGGUAUAACUAUGAAAAGUAUAAUUAGUCUAACUAAUACAACCGAGUAUUAAAUUACUAGUACAACUAAAAGAGUGAAAAUGGUGCAACUGGUAAUAAUAUGUUGUAAACAAAUUCAGGAUAACUAGUAAAUUUUUUUUAUAAGUAAUAUAACUGGUACAACUACGCUUCUUAUACGUAGUCUGACUAGUAUAACUAGAGAAGUAUUUUGUAUAACUGUUUAAUGAGAUGGUGUUGUUGUUGUAUAACUAGGCUUUCUGGCAACCCCUUUCUUGUUAACUUUGCUGCAUGCUCCGGCAACAUUAUUAGACAAGUGAAAAAUGCAAUAUCCAUGGAUCGCCAUUGGGUACACCUCGUGCACCUUCUUGAUGAUGCAUUGGUUUCUAUCAGUACAAAAAACAAGCUGAGGAUCAUCUGGUAUCAAAGUUUUCAGUAUAGUCAAAAACCACUCCCAGCUCGCAUUUUUCUCACCAUCUACUACCGCAAAAGCGAGGGGAUAAUGAUGAUGAUCUGGAUCCUGAGCAGUGGCAAUGAGAAGCACUCCUCCAUACACACCCUUCAGGUGAGUUCCAUCCAUUAUUAUCACUUUCCUCAUUGCUUGAAACCCUUCGAUGCAAGCUUUAAGCGCAAAGAACAUAUACUUAAACUGCUUCUUCUCAUCCACUACUAAUCUUGUGAUGGUACCAGGAUUCAUUCUUUCUAACAUGUACAAGUAAGAUGGAAGUCUAGCAAAACUCUCCUGAGGGUUACCACGCAAAUCACUGACAGCUUUGUGUUUCCCUCUCAAAGCUGUAGAAUAUGAAACCGUGACACCUAGUUUGUUCUUCACCAACUUUAUGAGAGACUUUGGAUCUGGAGUCUUGUAUUGGCCUGGAUAAUCUUCAUGCACCACUCCUGCGACCAAGCUUGGUGUUCCUCUUUUCCCCCUCUUGGUUACACUUCCCUCUCCCCGAGUACACGUAUGCAUCUUUCUAUACGUUCUGACACUGAAAAAGGCUGAGUUUUUCAGCCUUGCAGCUCGUAAAUACCAUCUGCAUCCAACCCCACGACAUUUCAAUACAUAAACAGUACGAUUCGUCUUGAUUAUAUCAACCUCAAAACAAUUCGAAUGCACUCCUGCGUCCACUAAAUUCCUCAGCUCUUCCUUAGUCGCAAAUUCUUGAUACAAACUCAUAUCAAUACCAUCAUCCCACUCAGCAUUGACAAUUGUGUCUACAGAUGGUGUAACAGCCGGCAACUCCUCCCUAUCAUUCAUUUCAUCACCCUCUUCAUUGCAAUCCUCAUGCUCAUACCUAUCUGAUUGUCUUGGAGGAACAAUUGCUAACUCCUCAUGAUUAUACCCAUCUGAUUGGUUUUGAGGAACAAUUGCCAACUCCUCAACUCCAGCCAUACCAUCAUUAGCUCUGGCAUCAAUCUGAAUUUCCUCGUUCAUAGAAAACUGCUCGUUACUCUGAUUUUCUGAGAUAUUUUCGGAAAACUCCACAUGCAAAACACUACGCCGGUUUUUCCUAUCCACCUCCAUUAAAUAUCCUAAAACAUCUUCAUCAUCCAAAAUAUAACAAGGCCUCUUAUUAUCCACGACCAGGGGAUAGUAGCUCAGUUGAAGCUUCGUCGCAGCUACAUCGAUAUUCAUUUUCUUGCCUAUUCUAUCAACCAAGCGAGAAUAGGUUAUCUCCUCAUAUUUUCCUCUCAUUACUAAUGUAUAAAUAUUUUUGUCUCCACCAUGAUCAAAAUGUAUCACCACAGCUCCAGUACCAUCCAUAGUUCCUGAAAAGAGUUAAAACCAACAUUACAGCUUACAAGUUAUAUCAGUUAUACGAGUUCUAAAGUCGCUAAAAUACGGGUUAUACUAGUAUUACCAGUUAUACUGGUUUACAUGUAACAGUCGUUUAUAAGUUAUACUAGUUAUACUAGUAUUUGACUUGUCAAAGGACUACUAAGAGUUAUACAAGUUUUACCCA